GUGACUUACGUCAUUAAAACGUGUUACUUUCUGGAUUUCGAAUUUUCGAAAACUCGACAUUUUGAUUCUGGACAGCUAAAUUUCUGUUGUCACAAUUGUAAUUGUAAUCCGACAAGAGCUAAGUAUCUUUAUGGACAACAACGCGAAAACGGAGGAGUUUGAAUGCCCUAUGUUCAACUGCGAACGGUUUUUCAUGUCUCUCAGUCUUCUGAAAAGGCACAUGCUUUACCACGCAGGGAUUUGUCCUUACAUGUGUAUCAAAUGUGGGACAUCUUUUAAACUAGAGUAUGCAUUGAAUACUCAUUUGAGACUUCAACAUGAUGAGCAAAUGGAUGACAAGUUCAAGCGAAUCAGAGGAUUUGUUUCUUGCAAUAUUUGUUUGGCAACGAUCCCAUGUAGGGAAAAGAAGGCGCAUAUUGCUACCCAUUUACCAUGUUAAGUGAAAUUUGAGUAGAAUGUGUUAUGAGUCUUUUGCCAAAUUGCCAGCAACUUUUGCUGAAACAAAAUAUUGUACAAGCCAUCUUCAGUUUAUUUAAUGUUUGAACUAAGAAGUCUGUUCAGUCUUGUUUGUUUGUGAUUAAAGGAUUAUUUGGUUUUGGCUUCAUCGGUUACCAGCCUCAUGGAAAAUUCUUAAUCAUUUAACUUUAUUCCAGAUAUGUGUGUGAAACAAAAGUAAUCCUUACUAUAAUUUUU